UUUUAAUUUUCCCACUUUUAAACGUCCUGGUUUGCCCAUUUUUUUCCUGCUUUUCCCCUCUUUUCCCCCGCCCUGCUGCACUGCUGGACAGUUCCCCGCUGUUCCCAUAGGGAUGCAUUCUUUUUCCCAAUGCAGCUCUUUCUCGUGGAUUCGCGAUUUCCUAGAGCCUGUAAUUACCAGGAUAAUUAAUGAAAUAAUUAAGCAGAAUAAUUAGUACGUCUCUCUAUAACCAGCAUGAAGUAAUGCCUCCAAGGGCGUCCAGCAGCAGCCCGGCUAGCUCAGUCGGUAGAGCAUGAGACUCUUAAUCUCAGGGUCGUGGGUUCGAGCCCCACGUUGGGCGCUUAAUUAUUGCUCGUUUUUGCUCAAAUUUCCUGAUUCCAAACCCACAUAAUUCCCUUCAAACAGCACCAAAACCCGCCGGUGAUGGUAUUAAAACCACCUUCUGUUUAGUCAAGCAGAGUUAGAUCCAACACAGCAGCGUGCACUGCACUUCAUAUCUCAAUACAUUUCUAUAUUUCAACAUAUUUCUGUUUUUAUUCCAAUAUUCGUCUAUAGUCCAUCCCAACAAGGAGACCUCGAUGAGUUUCAUUGGAAAUUCCUUGCAAUAAUUGUGUAGAAGGGAAAAAUCCCCUUCCUUGCCCUCUUUGCUGCUUGAGGAGAGGAUAAAAUCUGAGUUUUCCUCUGAGUUUUCCCCAGACCCACCCAGUUCGGUGGUUUUACGCUGGGGAUCCACGAGCUGCUCCCAGUCCUACCAGCAUCCCCUAUGGGCUGAGAUCUCCCAGCCCCACUUGGCUCAGGCUCAGCCUUCGGGGCCGGAUUUCCCCUAUCAGCGAGGAGAUAAGGAGGAGGAAAGGCCUUUUAUUCCUUCUGCAGAUCGGAACCCAGCAGGAAGCCCAUGGCCACGCAGAGCCCCUUGGACAGCCUGCAGAGCGAAGCCUCCUGCUCCAUCUGCUUGGGUUACUUUCAGGAUCCCGUCUCCAUCCCCUGCGGUCACAAUUUCUGCCGAGAUUGCAUCGCCCGCUGCUGGGAAGGGCUGGAGGGUAAUUUCCCCUGUCCACAAUGCAGGAAAACGACGUCCCACAAAAAUUUCCGCCCCAGCAGAGAGCUGGCAAAUAUCGCCAGCAUCGCCCGGCAGCUGAACUUGCGUUCCUCGACUUGGUGCAAGCAGCACUGCGAGGCUCUCAAGCUCUUCUGCAAAGAGGACCAAGAGCCCAUCUGCGCGCAGUGCGAUGCGUCCCAGGCUCACCGCUCCCACACUGUGCUCCCUGCCCACCAGGCGGCCCAGGAGUACAAGGAAGAAAUCCAGGCUCGCCUGCAGGCUUCAAAGGAGGAGAGGGAAAAAUACCUGGAAAGCAGAAAGACUGGUGGAAGGAUGAGCUUGUAUUUGGAGAAAACCAAGAAGGAAGGGAAGAGGAUAGUGUGUGAAUUCGAGCAGUUGCAGCGAUUUUUGAAGGAGAAAGAGCGUUUCCUGCUGGUCCAGCUGGCAGACCUGGACAGAGCCAUCACCAAAGUGCAGGAGGACGCGGUGACCAAGGUGUUGGAGGAGAUGUCCCACCUCGACACCCUGAUCUGGGAGAUGGAGGGCAAAUUCCAGCAGCCCGACAGCAAAUUCCUGCUGGACAUCAGGAGGCUCUUGAAUAGCUGUGAGAUGAUGAAGUUCAGCCCUCCGGCAGAGAUCUAUCCCACUCUGGAAAGAAGAUUGGAGGACUUUCUUCAGAAGAAUGUCCUGGUGAGAUGCACGCUGAGGAAGUGCCAAGACAGCCUGAUGUUUCAAUUGCAAGAACCAGCCAACAUCACCAUGGACCCCACCACCGCUCAUCCCAACCUCCAACUCUCCGAGGACCGAAAACAAGCCCGGGGUCAACUGAUGCCACAGGAGCUUCCCGAGAACCCCGAGAGGUUCAACUUCGAGCCCUGCGUGUUGGGCUGCCAGGGCUUCACCUCGGGGAGGCAUUUCUGGGAGGUGGAGGUGGGACAGGGGGGAGUUUGGGCCCUUGGGGUGGCCCGAGCUUCUAUGAGGAGGAAGGGACCCAUGAGCUUCAGCCCCAAAGAAGGGGUCUGGGCGCUGGAGGCCUAUCACUCCCUCACAUCCCCCCGUGCCAACCUACGUCUGAAUGCACUGCCCAAAAGGAUUCGGGUCUCCCUGGACUACGAAGGGAGUCGGGUGGCAUUUUUCAGCUCUGAUGAUGACACUCCCAUCUUGGUUUACACCAAAGCUUCGUUCAAUGGGGAGAAGGUCCUCCCUUGGUUCAAGAUAGGGAUGGGGGCUCGCUUGCAAGAAAUCACCCAAAAUUCCCCUUCGGAGGAGCAGUCCACGAGCAGGCAGCUGAUGUCCCAUCUGGAUUGGGUUGGGUUCAGAUCUCCCCUAAAGAUCUGUCCUUGAGAUGUCCUUUAGUGAAAGGGACACCUGAUGGGAUGUGUGCUGCGCUUGCUUGGAGCAUCCUGCCAAGGGGACCCGGUGCUCUGCCCCGUGUCUGUCCCCAUCGGGAGCCCUGGGUUGGUCCCUCUGCAGAAUGGGGAAACCACCAGAGAGCACUGAAGAGCUGGAAGGAAAUGUAUACAUCUGUCUGUUUUUUGUCUCAACAUCAAUCGUGGGGCAGAUCCGGGGUGUUCUGCAAAGGGAUGCAGCCUUUGGCUGCAAAUAGCAAUGCCUGGUGUGGGGAGCUGGUCUCUGCCUACGUUUCUGAGAGUUAAUUUUAAUUAAAAAUGUGUUCUGCACA